AUCUCCAGCUUCUCAUUGGCCAGGCCAAGCUGCAGUGAGGCUGCAACACAGUCAGUAGGGGACCUCUCCACUCCCUCAGCUAUAAAAAGGCAGUGCGCAGCUCUAUGUGCUUCAUUCCCUGCAGACUUCAAAGCCAGCUACAGCGAGAUUUGGGACCCUGCGUUGCAAAUGUCUGACUUAGAGAACUCCAUGGCAGCCAUCAUAGAUGUGUUUCACAAGUAUUCGGGAAAGGAGGGAGACAAGCACAAGCUGAAGAAGAGUGAACUGAAGGAUCUGAUCAAUAACGAGUUAGCAAGCUUUCUAGGGCAAAUCAAAGACCAGGCGACGAUGGACAGUUUAAUGGAAAGCCUGGAUACUGACGCUGACUCGGAAUGUGACUUUCAGGAGUUCAUGACCUUCAUCGCCAUGGUGACCAUCGGCUGCCAUGAGUUCUUUGAACACCACGAAGAUGAGUAACAAACUCACCCACCAUAUAUAUAUAUAUAAAUCAUUCUAGUUAAAAUGCACUGCAGACUUGUAACCCUUUCACCUGCCUUAACCUGUAUACAAGCCUAUUGAUGAAGCUUAAUAGAUGGUAAUGCCUUUGGACCUGGUUUGAACCUUGGCUGGCUGGUGCUGUUAUGUUUUAAAUUGUUGUUUUUAAUUUCUGUGGUGUUUACAGCAACUGUGGUACACCAUAAUAUCUUAAAAUCUUUCCAGUUUGCGGUCAAUAAGCAAAAAAAAUAUGUAGGGAUUGCACUGUACAUUUUUCUACAUCUCUAAGAAAUGCAGCCAUUCUAAAAAAGAAACAUUUAUAUGAGAAGUCAGGCCAUCACACAUAGCUGACAUGAUAGGUGAUAUUUAAGAAUGCUUUGGAGUUGGUGUUGGGAAAGUUUAAAAAUGCUAUUUUCCCUUGCCUUAUGUUUAAGUCACGUGUAGAAUUAGCAAGAUUAAUCUGACGGUUUAUUUUCUAACGUUGCUGGCCACCUUUACCGAUAAAUAGAACCUUUUUUUAGUCUGUUUCUAUAUUUGCAUUGCCUUCCUUCACCGUUAAGCCAGCUGUGUUCAAUGGCAUAAGACACUUCUUAUCAAAAUGUUGGUCUAAUUAGACAAGAAGAAAUUGCAUCUGGUAUUAUAUUAGUCUCACCUGUUCUGUGUUUAACACACUAGUGGAUUGUUGCUAUGUUAUGAAUGUUUCAAGCACCUCUGUAUAUGCAGACACUUUAUUUGCCCUUCAUCUCAUGGCUUUGGUUUGCAACGUAUUGCAUUUUCCAGUGUUGAUGUGUUGGCCAGGCAAGGUCAUGUAAACAGAUUAGGAGUGUGUGCUGAUAACCUUGGUACCUUAUGCCAAGCACUUGUUGAAUGUUUUAAGACUGAAAUGAAUGACAAUUGAGCUUGCAAUGUAUCCUUGUCACAAGGAUAGUGUCACAACAGUGUUACUGACAAUGCAUAAAUGCCUAAUUUUAUAUUACUGGUACAUUAUAACUUUGUAGCAAAUUUAAUUCAAGCUAGAAUUUGGCUGAAACGUAUGUCCCUUUAAUGUGAUUAGGAAUGGAAAGCAUAGCUAGCAGAUAAGCUUUGGAAGACUGUCUGCUUGUAUUAAGAUCAUUAAUAAAAUGGUCAGUGCAAAUACAGAA